GCAAAAUCUGUCUUUUCUCCCGCGCAUCUGAAAAGGACUCAGGAAAAAAACGUGUUGAACUCGGAGGACGCGUGGAAUCAUUCGGCAAGAUAUUUACACAAUGGUGUUAGAAAAGUAUAGAUCCUAUCCGGCAACAUUUUCAAUAGCUUUUUAAUUCUGGGACCAUUUCUUAAUGGAUACUGCAGAUAAACGACCGAUUAACUUGCCUGUUGCAGCUCCCACCGAGGACUGAGGAUCGCACUCAGGCUCAAGGUUUUUUUUUUUUUUGUUUUUUCUUUUCUUCCCCUCCACUGUUCCUGCUCGUCUGCCCACUGUGAUAUCAGAGUCGAGCUUGGGGGGGGGGAAGAAAUCCGCUCUUUUCUUCAUAUCUAUCCUUUUUUCUCCACUAUCUGUCUUUUUUUUUUUUUUGAAAACUGCCGAUCUAUUUCAAACCCCCCCCCAAAAGCGCCUUCGGGUUUAUCGUGCAUGAAAGCACAGAAAUCAAAGAGGAGCGGAGCAGCUCAGUAUCUCCGGAGCUAAAAAAGAAAACUCUUCAGAGAUCCGACACCAAGCAUGCCGCGGAGGAAACAGCAAGCGCCCCGGCGCGCAGCAGCCUAUGUACCUGAAGAACUGAAGGAGGCUGCAUUAAUGGACGAGGAUAUGGACGGGGAUGACUGUGCUGUGGAUGAGGAGCUUCCUGUAAAGUACGGGUCUUCAGAGAAGGACUCCCCCAUGAAAGAUCCCCCAUGUUACCAGGACUCUCCCGUCGCUGAGUUUUCCAGCCAUGAAAUGGACAGCGAGUCACACCUGAGCGAGUCUAGUGACCGCAUGUCAGAUUUCGAGAGUGCCUCCAUCAAAAAUGAGGAGGAGGUGGUCAAAGAGGCACUGCCAGUGACCAGUGAUGAGGUCGCGUCUGGCCCAGAUAGCCUGGAGCAGAUGAAGGCUAUCUACACUAGCUUCCUGACAAAUUCCUACUGGUCAUCCCUCAAUCUGAACCUCACCCAUCCGGCUCCGGAGAAGCAGCCGAGGAGCAGCAGUAGCAGCAGCAGCAGCAGUAGCAGCAGCUGUGGCAGCGGAAGCUAUGAUUGGCACCAGUCUGCCAUAGCCAAGACCCUCCAGCAGGUGUCCCAGAACCGACAACCCACGGAGCCCAACCUGCUGAGCACCGUGCAGCUGUACCGCCAGAGUACCAAGCUCUAUGGGUCCAUAUUCACUGGUGCCAGCAAGUUCCGCUGCAAGGACUGCAGUGCUGCGUACGACACCCUGGUGGAGCUGACGGUACACAUGAAUGAAACCGGGCACUACCGCGAUGACAACCAUGAGACCGACAGCAACGGCACCAAGCGCUGGUCCAAACCACGCAAGCGCUCACUGCUGGAGAUGGAAGGAAAAGAGGACGCCCAGAAGGUCCUUAAAUGUAUGUACUGUGGCCAUUCCUUUGAGUCUUUGCAGGACCUAAGUGUGCAUAUGAUUAAGACUAAACACUAUCAGAAAGUGCCUCUGAAAGAGCCAGUGGCUCCCGUGGCAGCCAGAAUAAUCCCAAACACCCGGAAGAGAGCACCUAUCGAGCUGGAUCUGCCUAGUUCCCCAGAAUCCUCUGCCGGUACACCGAAACCUUCGGACCACAGCGACACCUUGCAGAAAGCUUCCAGCCCCUACAUUACUCCCAAUAACCGCUACGGGCACCAGAACGGUGCCAGCUAUGCUUGGCAGUUUGAAUCGCGGAAGUCCCAGAUACUCAAAUGCAUGGAGUGUGGGAGUUCCCAUGACACGUUGCAGGAACUGACAGCCCAUAUGAUGGUGACAGGGCACUUCAUUAAGGUGACUAACUCAGCUAUCAAGAAAGGUAAGCCUAUCAUGGAGUCCUCUCCUACCCCGGUGCCAGUCACACCGGCUAGGGAGAAGGUUCAGUCUGUGCCAUUGGCAGCCACGACGUUCUCGCCGCCACCUGUGCCCCCGCCUUCCUGCACCUCCCCUAAGCUCUGUGUGGAGAUAAAGAAGGAGGAGAAAGAGGUGGAAUGCAGCAAGGAGGGUGGAGAGAAAGACAAAACAGCACUAGAUGAAGAAGAGGAGAAGUUUCACAUCUCCUCGAAAUACCAUUACCUAACUGAAGAAGACUUGGAAGAGAGUCCAAAUGGUGGUUUCGACAUCCUUAAGUCACUGGAAAACACCGUAACGUCAGCUAUCAAUAAAGCUCAGAAUGGUGCCCCAAGCUGGGGGGGCUACACCAGCAUCCAUGCUGCCUACCAGCUGCCUAACAUAAUGAAAUUAUCCCUGGGUGCCUCGGGGAAAAACUCCCCACUGAAAAACAUCUUUAACGGAGGAGAGAUCUUGCUCCCCAACAAAAGUCAGCCCCUAGUCCCUCCGCCCAGCAGACAGACAUCUCCCCUGCCGAAAAACAACUUCCAAGCAAUGGAAGAACUAGUCAAGAAGGUUACAGAGAAAGUGGCCAAAGUGGAGGAGAAGAUGAAGGACCGUAAAGUGAAGGCAUCACCCUUAAGACAAGCAACACCAUCGCCCUGCAGCAGUGAGGGCGGGGAAUGCGAGAGAGGGGACUCCCCCAAAGAGAAGAGGGUUAAGACCCCAGAGAGCAAUGGCAGCGGUCACAAGGACUUGAAAAGCGAUAACCUUCAAAAGGUGGCCCUCGAAAAUGGGACAGACUCUGCAAAGCUCCCAGGCUCUGCUUUGUCCAGUAGCACCGCCAUUAUAACCGAUCACCCUCCAGAGCAGCCCUUUGUCAACCCCUUAAGUGCACUGCAGUCAGUAAUGAAUGUCCACUUGGGCAAAGCUGCUAAACCAGCAUUGCCAGCCCAGGAUCCCAUGAGCAUGCUAUUCAAAAUGAACAACAGCCUAGCAGAAAAGGCGGCCAUCGCCACCCCGCCCACACAGACCAAAAAAUCAGAGUCCCUGGACCGAUACUUCUAUCACGUCAACAACGACCAGCCGAUUGAUUUGACGAAAGGCAAGAGUGACAAAAACAGCGCUUUGGGUUCAGCUCUCCUGUCAUCCUCUUCGACAUCGUCAUCUGCCUCUCCCUCAUCUACUGUGACAACGGCUACGACAUCUGCAGUGGUGUCAUUCAUAUCAAGUUCUCCUCUGCGUGAGAAUGCUCUGUCUGACAUUUCCGACAUGUUGAGGAACCUGACGGAAAGCCAUGCGUCAAAAUCCUCCACCCCUACAAGUUUAUCUGAGAGGUCUGAUGUGGAAGGCAUGACCUUGGAGGAGCCCGAGGAGAUUUCCUCAGCCCAAAAACGCAAGGGCCGGCAGUCCAACUGGAACCCUCAGCACCUUCUCAUUCUGCAGGCCCAGUUUGCUGCAAGCUUGCAGCAGACGUCUGAUGGAAAAUUCAUCAUGUCAGACCUCAGCCCCCAGGAGAGGAUGCACAUCUCUCGCUUCACAGGGCUCUCCAUGACCACCAUCAGCCACUGGUUGGCUAACGUCAAGUACCAGCUGAGGAGGACAGGAGGAACCAAGUUCCUGAAGAAUCUCGAUUCAGGCCACCCGGUGUUCUUUUGCAACGACUGUGCCUCCCAGAUCCGGACUCCCUCCACAUACAUUAGCCACCUGGAGUCACACCUGGGCUUCAGGCUGAGGGAUCUGGCCAAGCUGUCAGGCGAGCAGCUCGGCAGCCAGAUCACACGGCAUGCCAAGGGCAUGCCCGACAAAGUGUUCUCCUCCCCCUCCUCUCCCCCGGAGGAGGAGGCCACUGGCACUUUGUACCGGUGCAAGCUCUGCAACCGGACUUUUGCGAGCAAGCAUGCCGUCAAACUUCAUCUCAGCAAAACCCACGGGAAGUCUCCUGAAGAUCACCUCUUGUAUGUGUGUGAGCUUGAAAAGCAGUAGAGCUGGCCUAGGACCCCAUGUACUCCCUGGAGCCUUUUAAGUGUCGUUUUUUUGAAAGGAGAAGAACGUGCAGUAAAAUAAAUCUGCACGGAGAUAACUACUGUUUCAUGUCAAUUUAUCUCCAAAGGAGACUCUGGCCCCCAUUUCUCCCCUUUUUAUUUUAAAAUUUAUUUAAUAAUUGUACAGUGUUUAAUAUGGAGGUGCUGUAUAAUCAGCUACUGAAAAUGGAAAAAGAUGAAGGUUAAAAAAAGAAUGCUUAAAAUGAAGAGGUAUUUCUUAGAGUUUCUGUAACUUGGUUUUAAUUUUAUAUUCCUUUUUUUCCCCACAUUCUACAGAUGUAACAUGCUGCAUGCAUUAAUGGACAGUUUAGUUAUGCAUUUUAUAAUAAAAUCUAGUGCACUUUUUUUUAAAUGCAACUAAAGUGUGCUGGAUCCAGCAUCUAAUAUUUAACCCUCUGAGUACGGCUAAGAGCUUCUUCUCCAAGUUCAAAACCAGUAUGAUGGGGGGGGGGGGGAUUUUUUUGUUAACAAUUGGCAAAAGACUGAGAAUGUAACAGAAAAAAAACAACAAUAUAUAAGCAUUUGCAGCUGUCCUGGUUUUUGUAUCGCUAAGCAAAAUUCCAAUUUGCAGCCUCCGUUUCCGUUUCUUUAAAUCAGGGGCCUUUUGAAUUCAGGUCAAUGUAAAAAUGUAUAUAAAAAUAUAUAUAUCAGUUCUGACUGAAAUUAUGCAUCAUUUUAUAUUGUUAAUUUAAGAGGAUUAUGGUUAUCUCUUGGUGCACAAUGUUUGAAGACGUUAAAAAAAUUGUUUUGCACAAUAGUUUUAUAAUGUUAUUGAUCAAAUGAGAGGAAAUACAUCAUUUUUUUUCCUGCCUUGUGCUCAAAGGGUUAAAAUUCUAGUACAAAAGUGUACUGUACUCUUUAAACAUGAAACCUAAAUAUUUGUACAAAAGAUGUUACUUUAUUAAGCUUAAGGCAUUCCACGAAGUAACCUCUUAUUUAUAAGCACUCUUGCUUGUUUCAUAUUGUAAAAUGUCCUUUUUGAUUGUUAACUUCUUCUGUUCUAAUUGUCCUCCCAUAAUUCCAUUAUGCGGCUUUAUCUCGUUGGGUAUGAAACGUAACCAUGGUUACCGGCACACUGACUGACAGUUCCGCUUCGUUUCUGAAAGUUAAUUUGCAGUAACUGACAGUUGACAGCAUAUAAAACUCUAUGUGUAAAAUAUUGGCAUGUAAACAGCACAGACAUUAUUAUGCACUCUGUGCUCUGUUUUUGUUGUUGACAAUGAAGCACCCAUUAUAUGAAUCCAUAUAACCUUUUUUCUACUGAAGCAUUAAAAAUGUUGUUUUUUUUGGCAAUA